AGAAGAGGGAACACAAACCUGAAAGAAGACCCAAUAGCCUCCUGAAACUCAGAAGAGUGGACACUCCAGCUUCGACCACCUGAGACGCCACUCCUGCUCCAAAGAUUGUAACUCCAUUUGUUAUUCUGAGACCUCUACUUACCCUGUACCACAAGGAUGGAGCCACUACUAGGAGUAAAAAUUGGCUGCCUCUUUUCCCUGCUGGUUCUCACUCUGGUCUGUGGCCUCAUUCCCAUCUGCUUCAAAUGGUUCCAGACUGCUACAGCCACAGGUUGUCACCGCCGGGUCCUCAGCCUCCUGGGCUGCACUUCUGCUGGCGUUUUCCUGGGAGCGGGGUUCAUGCACAUGACUGCUGAAGCCUUGGAGGGAAUUGAAUCAGAGAUCCGGAAGUUGGUGAUGCAGAACAAGACAAACAGUAAGGGGAAUUCUUCUGAUGCUGCUGAUUCAACUUUUGCGGAGUAUCCCUAUGGAGAACUCAUCAUCUCCCUGGGCUUCUUCUUUGUCUUCCUUUUGGAGUCGCUGGCAUUGCAGUGCUGUACUGGGGCUGCUGGAAGAUCAGAAGUGCAGGAGCAGGAAUGGGGUAUGGCUAAUGUCCUGGAACCCCAUAGCCAUGGACCUCUGCCCUCACCAUCACAGGGUCCACUUCGAGCCCUCCUUCUCUUGCUCUCACUCUCCUUUCACUCUCUGUUUGAAGGUCUAGCUGUGGGGCUGCAGCCAACAGUCGCAGCUACAGUGCAGCUCUGUCUUGCUGUCCUGGCUCACAAGGGGCUCGUGGUGUUUGGUGUAGGACUGCGGCUGGUGCAGGUAGGCACUGGAUCACGUUGGGCCGUGCUCUCCAUAUUGUCAUUAGCUCUCAUGUCCCCCCUGGGCCUAGCCCUAGGGCUGGCUGUGCCUCAGGAAGACUCUACAGGGGGGCGACGCUUGGCCCAGGCUGUGUUAGAAGGCAUGGCAGCUGGCACCUUCCUGUAUGUCACAUUCCUGGAAAUUCUGCCCCGGGAACUCGCAAGUCCUGAAGCCCCUCUGGCCAAGUGGGGCUGUGUAGCUGCUGGUUUUGCUUUCAUGGCCUUUAUUGCCUUGUGGGCCUGAGAGAUUCCUGACUUUUCUGAUGGACCUAAGAUGACCUCCCUAUCCGCAGGAGAUGCCUCACAAAUUAUUUUAGUCCUUUGAUAUUUUUUCACUGACUCAAAGUGACAUUUACUAGGCGUCAUUCCAUAACCUGGACCCUGAGUGUUCCGGGGUGGACAGGGGCUCGCUCACUUGGCCGGGGGAGGGGUGGAAGAACUGGAAAAACAUGACUUAACCUCACUCAUUCUUUAAGAGUGAUUCUUAUGACUCUAGAGUAGGGGUUACCUGAGACUUCACAAGAUCACAAAGUAACGAAAUUCUUUGAACAUCAUGAACGUUUCUAAAGAAACAAUCAAUUCUAACAAUCAACCCCAACAAUCAGUCCUAAGGUGGGGACUGUGAUUAACUCUGCUCUGAAAGUAUAAAACCCACUCACGUAAGACCCCUUCUCGGGUCUCUCCACCCGGUUCUGAUGUCUGUGCCAG